AAAAAACACAAAAGCAAGAGAGUGAGUCAAGGCAUCAAAUCUAGGUUUUUUAAAUGGGCCAAAUCGAGCAUCGAUCCUCCAUACUCACCUGACUCAAAUUCUCCAAUUUCCCCCACCAAUUCAACCCAAUUUCCGGUCAAACACUUUCUCAAUUUCAUCAAUCUCCAAUUUCCCCCAAUUUUCAACGAACAUGGACGCAAGUCAACCCUACAAUCCCCGUACCGUUGAAGAGGUUUUUAGGGAUUUCAAGAGCCGUAGAGCUGGCAUCAUCAGAGCCCUAACUACUGAUGUUGAAGAGUUUUAUCAGCAGUGUGACCCUGAAAAGGAAAACCUAUGUCUGUAUGGAUAUCCUAACGAGCAGUGGGAGGUCAAUUUGCCCGCUGAAGAGGUACCUCCAGAGCUUCCGGAACCCGCACUGGGAAUCAACUUUGCUAGAGACGGCAUGCCGGAAAAGGACUGGCUAGCUUUAGUUGCGGUUCACGGUGAUGCAUGGCUUCUUGCUGUAGCCUUCUAUUUCGGGGCUAGAUUUGGAUUUGACAAAGCUGAUAGGAAACGCCUGUUUAACAUGAUAAAUGAUCUUCCAACAAUUUUCGAAGUUGUGUCAGGCGGGGCUAAGAAGCAAGCGAAGGAGAAGUCAUCCGUGUCAAACCACAGCAGCAGCAAGUCAAAGUCAAACUCUAAGGCAAAGGGCUCUGAACAACAGUCCAAAUUUCCAAAAGCUUCAACACCAAAAGACGACGAUGAAGAUGGUUUAGACGAAGAAGAAGACGAGGAACACGGGGACACACUAUGUGGUUCAUGUGGCGAGAAUUACGCAUCUGAUGAGUUCUGGAUCUGCUGCGACAUAUGUGAGGUUUGGUUCCAUGGUUCAUGCGUCAAGAUUACUCCAGCAAGAGCCGAGCAUAUCAAGCAGUACAAAUGCCCAGCCUGUACCAACAAGCGAGCGCGCCCUUGAUUGUAUUGUAACACCGGUAAGCCAAGGAAGAAUGUUUUUAUGUCGUUUCAUUUAACCAAUCGUAGCUGUCGUGGGAUAAAAAAAAUCGUAUUUGUAGGGUUUAAAUGUGCAUUCCGUUUAAAUUAGUGACAGGUACUUGUUUUUAGUUUUGAAGUAGAACUUUUUCUUUGUUAUAAUGGAAGUUUGGAUUCUAUGUGUUUGUUAAAUAACUUAAAUUUGGUUUCGUUUGUC